AUGCAACACCGAGGGCCCAGCAGCGUGAACCAACUGGGGGGGCUCUUCCUGAACGGCCGCCCCCUCCCUGCCUGCAAGAGGAGGCGGAUCAUCGAGCUGGCAGCCUGCGGCAUCCGGAGCUCCGACAUCUCCCGCAGCCUCAAGGUGUCCAAUGGCUGCGUCAGCAAGAUCUUGGGUCACUACUACAGGACAGGGGCCGUGGGGCCCAAAGCUAUGGGGGGCAGCAAGCCCCGCACGGCCACCCCCGAGGUGGUGGCCAGGAUCGCUCAGAUGAAGCUGGAGCAGCCUUCCCUGUUUGCCUGGGAGAUCCGCAGGCAGCUCCAUGCUGAGGGCACCUGCACCAGCAGCAGGAUCCCCAGCGUCUCCUCCAUCAACCGGGUGCUGAGGAAGCUGCCCAGUGACCUGCGGCUGGCGGCUGAGCUGGGCUCUGCGAGGGACGCGCUGCCAUGGGGAUGCUGCUCGCCCGCUGAAGCUGGUGCUGCUGCCUCCCUGGGGACCCAGCACCCGCCCCGGCGGCUCCCACCGAGCACCCCGCACAGGAACAGGACGGUCUUCUCCAGGCAGCAGGCGGAGGCCCUGGAGAGAGAGUUUCAGAGGGGACAAUACCCAGACACCGACACCCGGCAGAGACUGGCCGCGGCCACCCAGCUCCCGGACACAACCAUCAGGGUCUGGUUCUCCAACCGGCGAGCGAAGCGGAGGCGGGAGGCCAAGCAGGAGCUGGAGGCUCCGCUGCACCCCGGUGCCUGCCUCCUGCCUGGACCCCUGCUGACCCCCCCGGUGCCACCGCUGCGCCCCGGCUCACAGGAGCCCUGUGCCCAGCUCCAUGCACUGGGGUGCCCCUGGCUCUGA